AUGGAGCCCUAUAAACCCGAGCCCGAGCUCCAGCGGUUUUACCACCGAUUGCUGCGUCCGCUGUCGCUCUUCCCCGGCAGGGCGACGGGCACAGAGUCGCAGAAGCACCUCCCGCAGGAGGUCCCGAUGCUGCUGCCCCAGCCGGUCUCACGGCUGACGGUGGAGUCGCUCUGCCGCCAGGUAGCUGAACGGCUGGCCAGCAGCGGGCUGGAGGCGCGCGCGCCUUCCGAGGUGCGACUCCGUUUCACCCAAGUCAUUCUGGAUGAGCUAAAGUGCAGCUGGCAGGAGCCUCCCACCGAACCUAGUCUGAGCCACUUGAACAAUCUGAGGCUGCGGAAGCGGCUCCAGGUCUAUAUGCUGCUCAGCAGCGAGCAGCUCUUCAUACGCUAUCUGCACCUUCAGAAGAUCAUGUCGACCGCCGCAGGUGUCUUCACUGAAUCAUCCACUCUCACCCGGUUGGCCGCCCGCCUCGCCAGGGACUGCACAGUCCUCCUCACCAGCCCCGAGGUCUACCGUAGCCUGCUUGCUGACUUCCGCGCCCUAGAGCAGGCCCAAGCCUGCGUGCCCAGGCUGCGCCCCGUCGGCCCCGCUGGGGCUUUCAAGCUCUGCCCUAUCCCGUGGCAUCACAGCACUGGCUUCGCCCAAGUGCCAUAUUUCAACCUCAAUCUGAACUACCUCAUCCAACUCAGCCGCCCUAGAGAUUUUGUCGAUGAGUCUGAACUGGAUCCAGUGAAGGAACUGAAGUCCAUUCCCCAGCUGAAGAAGAAAAAGCUUCUCCGCUGGCUGCCCUCCAUGCAGAAGAGAGAAAGCAACUUCAAUUCACAGAUUGCGGCACAGCCUACGUACUCUGUGACUCCCGCUAGCCCGGCUCCUUCCUCCUCCCACUUGCCCCUCUACUCCCAGCUCCGGAGAGGCCAGUCCAUGCCCUCUCUGCGUGAGGGCUGGAAGCUCGAAGAUGAGUUGGGCCUUCCUCCGCUCUCUCCACGCCCCUUAACCCCACUGGUCCUGGUUGCAGAGAGCAAACCAGAGUUGGCAAGGGACACAGUGGCUGAAGACCUGAAGCAGAUGAUGAAGAACAUGAAACUGGAGUGCACUCGCUACUCACCGCUGGACUCAGGCCUGCCCCUGCUCCUGGCGGCCCUGACCCACCACCCAGCUACAGCACAUCACAUGGAAGAGCUACAGAGAAUGUUGAAGGACCUCGAGGAGAGUGAAGCUGCUGGGCAGUGGGACCUCCAGCCCCCCAGAUGCCCUCCACUUCAGCCACAGCCAGUGACAGUUCCUCUGAAGCUAAGAAAUAAGGUCGUGGUCCAGACAGCUGCUGUGCAGGUCUCAGAGAGAAAUUUUUUGGACUCCUUUCAUGUCGAGGGGGCUGGAGUUCUAUACAACCACCUGACUGGUGAACUAGAACCCAAACUCAUUAAGGAAAUGGAUAUUGAUCGCUCUGUUGGCAGUAACAUCCAGGAGGUCUACAAGGAGCUAAUGAGCCAUGUCUCUAAUAAGCACUUCUCUUUUGACCAGGGACCCCUGGUUGAGCCUGCAGCCGAUAAAGACUGGUCGACCUUCCUGUCCUCAGCCUUUCUAUGUCAAGAAAAACAGCAUCGUAUCAUCAACCCCAAGCUGGCUGGACUUUAUUUCCAGAGAGAAAACCCUUUACAGUCCAACCCUGAUAGGAUGUCCUCCCUCACAUCAUCCCAAGGAAGCAAAAGCUGGGAGAGGCGGCCUAAGAAGACCUCAUGGAUGAACUGGUGGGAAACCACUUUGUCUGUGGGUGACUACUUCAAGUACCUCAUCAACCAGGAGACAGAUUUCCUCCAUGUCAUCUUCCAAAUGUAUGAAGAGGAGGUGCCUGUGGAGAUCGUGGCCCCUGUCAGAGAGUCCCUAAAGAUUCAGCGCCCACCUCCCUUGCUAGAAGACGAUGAGCCAGACUUUGUGCCAGGAGAGUGGGAUUGGAACACGGUGCUGGGACACAGGCUAGGAACUAAGAGGAGCCACCUCCUGGAAGAAUCUCACAAAAUCCUGAGCCUGCAGAAGCGUCUGGAGCGGCUGUGGUCCAUGCUUGAGGUCCCCAACAAGGACCGGCUGGACAUGGCCAUCAAGUACAGCUCCAAUGCCCAUCUGAGGCAGCUACCUUUCUUGGUGAGUGCCUGGGAGCGGGCCUUGCAGCCCAUUCAGCUGCGAGAGAUAAUGCUGGGGAGACUAGAGUGGUUUGAGCGACAAGCCUCUGACCCUAACCGCUUCUUCCAAAAGACUGACAUGGGCCUGAGUCGCUUCCUGGAGGAGAAUCAGAUCCGCAGUCAUCUACACAGGAAGCUCAAUCUGGUGGAGGCUCCUUUGAUUCCCCUCCUGGAGGAGAUUGAGUUAAUCUUUGGGGAGCCAGUGACCUUCAAGGGGCGGCGGUACCUGGACAAGAUGAAACGUGACAAAGUAGAGAUGCUGUACUGGCUGCAGCAGCGGCGGCGGGUCCACCACCUUGUCCGGGCCCAGAAGGUCUCCCAUCAGGCCUCCCUGUCCGGGAAGCCCAGCAGCCAGCCUUUGAUAGUUCCUGGGAAUACUCCCAUUACUCUCUGACCAGGCCAAGUGCCCUCAGACCCCUCCCUCACCCCCACACACCCAGCAACUCAUCCAGACCUUUUGACUGCUUUGAAAGAAGAAAUAUCUGGCUAUGCAGGAUUCAGGAGAAUUGUGCUUCCAACUCCCAGGAGACUGAAAUUAAACUUUGUUUGGACCAUGAAGUUCUCAUAAAAAUUCCCCAAGCCCCUUAUUCCCAUUUAUGUCAAGCCACACACAAUACAGCCAAAAUCUCAUAUACCAGAAGAACUGAGACCAUUCCCUGAAGCUCAUUGUCAUGGGAAGUGUCAGCCAGGUGGAAACCAUCCCCUUUGAAACACCUCAGUUUAGCGUUUCCAUCACACUACAUUAGAUGGGCUGAUUAGAGCCCCAGACCAGGAGGCUCUGUGGCAUACUGUCUAAGAGCUAGUGUUCUGGAGUUCAGAGAUGUAGAUUUAAAU